AGCCAAGCUGAUCCCUCGUCCUGAACAAACAAUUCCAAGACUGGAACUUUGCGCAGCAGUGCUCGGAGCGGAGUUAGCAGACUUAAUCUCGUCAGAACUAGACCUUCAGCUCGAUGCUACAACCUUCCACUCAGACAGCAAGGUAGUCCUUGGCUACAUUUCUAAUGAAAUCAGGCGCUUUUAUGUAUAUGUAAGUAACCGGGUAUUACGUAUCCGAAGAUCCUCUCACCCAGAUCAAUGGCGCUACGUGUCAACAGAACAGAACCCUGCAGACCACGCUACACGUUCUGUUGCUGCAGGCCAUUUGAACGACACAAACUGGCUGAGUGGACCCAAAUCUCUGUACACACCGGAGACAAGUGCUGCAGAGAGCACCUACGAGCUUGUCGACCCGGGUUCAGACCCAGACAUUCGCCCUCUGGUGUCCACUUUGAGUACUACAACAACAUCCAAGCAGCUUGGUUCUCAACGAUUCGCAAAGUUCUCAUCCUGGAAGUCUCUAACUCGGGCCAUUAUUCGUCUCAUACACAUAGCCCGUCUUUUCAACAUGACCUUGAAGAACAGCCCUUGUAAGGGCUGGCAUCGUUGCAAAACAGGAUACACUGUUGAGUCUGAUCAAGCGUCGCACAUCAUCAUUAAAGCAGUACAGGAGGAAGUCUACAGUCAAGAGAUCAAAUGUAUCCAAAAACAUGAGCAGAUCCCUAAAAGUAGUCCUCUCAAAAAUCUGGAUCCUUUCAUUGACACACACUGCCUUCUGAGAGUCGGAGGCCGCCUCUACAAUGCAAACCUUGAUCAGAGUGAAAAGACUCCGGUGAUUAUUCCUGGUAAACAUCAGGUUGCAACCUUACUCAUCAAGCAUCACCACGAACAAAUCUAUCACCAAGGCCGUCUCUUUACAGAAGGGGCUGUUCGUACAGCUGGCUUUUGGAUAGUUGGUGGCAAAAGAAAAGUGAGCAGCAUCAUCCAUCAGUGUGUAACCUGCAGAAGGCUUAGAGCCCCACUUACAAUUCAAAAGAUGGCCAGUCUUCCAGCAGAUCGUCUCUCGACGGAACCGCCUUUUACGAAUGUCGGGCUUGAUGUGUUCGGCCCUUGGAAUGUCUCUUCACGUAGAACAAGAGGAGGCCAUUCCCACAGUAAACGAUGAGCCGUGAUCUUCACGUGUAUGAGCGUACGAGCGGUUCAUAUUGAAGUCAUAGAAUCCCUUGACACAUCCAGCUUCAUCAACGCGCUAAGGCGCUUUCUUGCUGUGCGCGGUCCUGUCAAACACAUCCGCUCAGACCGUGGCACCAACUUUGUUGGUACUUGCAAGCAGUUGAAGAUACCUUCAAACAUUGACGACACAACGAUAAAGACUUUCCUGUCAGGCCAAGGUUGUUCUUGGACCUUUAACCCUCCGCACGCUUCCCAUUUUGGCGGUGUAUGGGAAAGAAUGAUUGGUCUUGCAAGGAGAAUCUUGGACUCCAUGUUCAUUCGUCUGAAGGACAAACUUAUUCAUGAGGUGCUAGUGACUUUCAUGGCAGAAGUGACAGCCAUUAUAAAUGGCAGGCCUCUUGUUCCAGUGACAACUGACGUUGACGACUCAUUUAUACUUACUCCAGCUGCUCUUCUCACUCAAAAAGUGAAUGUCCUUUCUGCUCCUACUGGAGAGUUUGGAGUUUCAGACCUCUACAAACACCAGUGGCGGCAGGUCCAACACAUGUCCAACACCUUCUGGGACAGCUGGCGAAAGCAAUUCCUCCCGACACUACAGGCACGCAAGAAGUGGCAGUCCACUCAUCCGAACAUCAACCCAGGAAGUGUUGUUCUCCUCAAGGAUAGCCAAGUACCAAGAAAUGAAUGGCCACUUGGACUGGUAACGCAGACCUUCCCCAGCGAAGACGGGAAGGUGCGAAAGGUCGAGAUCAAGGUCACACGAACAGGAGGGACUCAAUUUUUCUUAGGCCUGUUUCUGAGAUGGUGCUUCUUCUCCCCCCAGAGGCCCAGUGAAGAGAACUGUCUAGGAUUUAUUGAGUGGCGUGUAUUCACGCCAGGCGGGGAGUGUUUUGUUACAAUUGUUAAGCCAGCAUGUUAAUACGUUUUAUUUUGAAAACAGGAAAUGUCCCGUAACUUCCGGUAGCUUGUAAUCAGGAAGUAAACAAGAGCAUGGCUCAGAGACGCUGUCUUCAUUAGUUUUGUAAUCCAGUGGAAUCUGCAUACAUCUUGUACCUUUUGAUAGCAUCGUUGUUUUACACUUUCCUAUGUCAAUAAACCUGUGGACAACGGACAA